AUGACGCACAACAUAAUUCGUCGUAUUUUCGGAGAGCGUAAGCUGCCGGAGAACCUCAGCGGGAAUGAUUACGAGCGCUUCAUGCAGGAGAAUUUCCCUAAGUGGAUCCAUGAGUUUGAGGAGAGUGGUUUUCUCGAGGCAACGAAGCUGCCGGAAAUCAAGAGUGAAGACGAGUUCCUCCAGAAGCUGCAGGAACACAAGAACGAUCUCAUGGUGAUUAAGUUCUGGAAACAUGCGUGCAUCCCGUGCCUGUCGUUCGCAGAGAUGUACAAACAGGUAUCAGAGCAGUGCAAGGCGGAAAAGCGCCGCAUCGUUUGGUACAGCGUAGACACAAAGGAUAUCAAGACGCGAGAGCUCGUGGAGUAUCAGCUGAUUAGCGGCACUCCCACCAUUCAGACAUUCGGCGGACUGAAGCAGGUAGGGAAAGAGAUACGAGCGACGAACGCGGAGGAUUUGAUGAAGGAGAUUGCUUCACGUGAGGCGGCAAUGGCGCUAUCCUAA